AUGUGGGCCCUCAACCUGAAGGCCGGUGGGCCUUGCCUCACGCCGAGGCAUCCCCAGCCGGCGGCGCGGUCCCCGCUGGCCGCCGGUAUCGGCUCGCUGGCUGUGGGGCCGACGAGGUGGAGGCGGCAGCCGGCUCGGUGGCCGAGGUUGGCGGUGAGCGCGUCGGGGAGGAAGGGCAACAACGGCCGAGAGGACGGCGACGAGCCCAGGAAGAAGGCCUCCUCUUCUGGAAAAGGUGAUGCAUCUACUCCCAGUGGAGAUGCUGCAAAUGGAACAAGCCAAAAUCAGGACGAACCAAAAUCAAGUGACACAAUGUAUAUACCUAGCAACUUGUCAUAUUGGCGAGAUGUGAGAGCAAGCUUCGUGAUUCCAAAGUUGGAGCAAACAGAUGCAAAUAGUCCACAACAGACAGCUCAGGAUGGAGCAGUAUAUCAUCUUCCCCGGAAGUGGGCUCAUUCUAUUCCUAUGCCAGAGUCUGGAUGUGUGUUGGUCGCCACUGAAGAGCUUGAUGGCAAUGGAACCUUUGAGAGGACUGUCAUCCUUCUCCUAAGACUAGGUUCAAGAGAUGCCUACGAUGGCCCGUUCGGUAUCAUCCUGAACUGUCCACUGUACACUAAGAUGAAGCAUGUGAACCCAUCCUUCGGCGAGCAAGCGACCCUUUUUGGUGAUUGUUCCCUCUUGUUCGGAGGCCCUGUCGACAUGAGUAUAUUCCUGAUGAGGACAGCUGAGGGAAGACCGAUGAAGGGGUUCGAAGAGGUGGUACCUGGCAUCUGCUUUGGCUUCAGGACUGACCUGGAGAAGGCUGGUGGUCUGAUGAAGAAUGGCACGGUUAAGCCUGAAGACCUGAAGUUCUAUGUUGGGUACUCUGCUUGGGAACAUGACCAGCUGCUGAGUGAGAUCGAUGCAGGAUAUUGGGUGGUGACUUCCUGCAGCUCAGGCCUGAUAACCGACGCGUUGACGAUGGACCCCUCCUGCUUGUGGACCGAGAUUUUGCAGCUGAUGGGUGGCCAGUACUCAGAGCUGAGCCAAAAGCCGAAGCAAGAUGGAAUGUAA